AUAUAGUAGCUAAUUUGGGCCAUACAUACAUGCCCUCGGCUUUCAGAUAUUUUGCGUCCCCCCUUGUUUGGAAAAAGAGAAAAGAAAAGAAAAGGAAAGAAAAAAGCGGUUUGGUUGGGUGGGGAGUACCUUCACUUCCCGAUAUCCGAUCUCGGCGUCCAUUGGUUUUGUGCCAAAUUUAUGGUCACUUGAAGAUUUUUAUUAUCUCAAAAACUUUUCAAUAAAGUAUGUGAAUCUAGCUUUUGAGACUUUGGAAUUUGAACUCUGAAACAAAUUCAAUAUGGGUGAAGAAGCUGUGAAUAAAUUGCAAGUGAAAGAGUUGGAAUUUGAGGCAGAGAAGAACAAGAAUAAGAAGGAAGAUGGUUCGACUUCGGUCAUUCGGUGGGAGAAGUUUCUUCCGAGGAUGGUCCUGAGAGUGUUGUUGGUCGAAGCAGACGAUUCGACUCGGCAGAUUAUAGCAGCACUUCUCAGGAAAUGCAGUUUCAGAGUUGCCGCAGUGGCUGAUGGCUUAAAGGCAUGGGAAGUACUGAAGGGAAAACCUCAUAACAUAGACCUCAUACUAACAGAAGUUGACUUGCCAUCAAUUUCUGGAUUCGCUCUUCUUACCUUGAUUAUGGAGCAUGGGAUCUGCAAAAACAUUCCUGUUAUAAUGAUGUCCUCGCAUGAUUCAGUUAGCAUGGUCUAUAAAUGCAUGUUGAGAGGUGCUGCAGACUUUCUUGUCAAGCCUGUGCGAAAAAAUGAGCUGCAGAACUUGUGGCAGCAUGUUUGGAGGAGACGAGCUUCGACUAGGGAAGGACAUGACCCACAAGUUGAGUGUGUUGCACAACCAAAGGUCGAAGCCACAGCGGAAAACAAUGCUUCUAGUAAUCAUUCAAGUGGUUAUAUGGCCUGUAUUCAGAGAAAUGGGGAAUGCAUCGAGAAAGGGAGUGAUGCUCAGAGCUCUUGUACCAAGCCAGAAUUGGAAGCAGAGAGAGCAUAUGCAGAAAAUGUACAGGACCUCUCGCAGACCAAGUGGAGCAAAUCUCCUAGGAGUGACAUGAAAAUACAGAAGUAUGAAGAACGUGUCGAAUCGAGUAGGAAUUUGCUGAUGUAUGAUUCACAAGAUAGGGGAUUGGCGGUGGCUGCUGGCAAAGAUGCUAACGCAAUGACUCAGGGAGAAGAUGUGGCACCUCAAAGUCAAAGGGAUCAUGCUAACAUCUUCAGUGAAGCUUGUGAUAACAAUCAUGUUCCUGUCAACUAUUCUAAAGAAGUCAUUGAUUUAAUAGGAACAUUUGAUAAUUACACAAAAUGCAGUUAUAGAAGUUCUGGUUCAAAUAAUGGUACAAACAAGGUUGACUCACCAUUAUUGGAUCUUUCUUUGAGGAGACCUCAUCCUCAUCCUCUUCGUCAGCCUUAUCCUCAUCCUCAUCCACAUCCAAGUGGCUUUGUAAAUCAAGUUAGUGAUGAAAGGCACAUACUGAACCACUCUGAUGCAUCAGCCUUCUCGCGGUACACAAACAGGGCAUUACGACCCCUGCACUCAUCAACUAGCAUAUGUGAUCAACAGAAAAAUUAUGGAACUAAUUCUGACAGACAGUUAUCCAAUCACACCUUUGAUUAUAACUCCGACACUCACGGUUUCGCGGCACUAAUAAGUUCUCAGAACAAUAUGCUCUCUCUGGCCACCGGUCAAUGUGGACAACCUGAAGUUGCUUUUCUUUGCCCUCAACAGACAGUGUUACCUGUCCCAGUUCCAGUGAGAGGUAUAAGGUUUGAUAGUCUAUGCACCGCCUUUGGUUCUGUAGUGCCCCCAACAUUUUGUACACAAUCGGGCCCAUCAAUGGUGCCAAGUCCAGGUUCAGUUCACCAUCAGGAACCGUCCAUUCAAGUGAAUACAUUUCAUCAAUCCAAUCUUGAAACCAGAAACUCUCAGCAGUUUAAUAACUUGAUUGGUCAAACUGUCAACAAUUCCACAAACCAAACGGAGCACAAGCAGAGGCACAAGUUGGAAUCUUCAGAGGAUCUACGACAUUUUUCUUCUGCCACUGAUCAGAGUGCAAGUAGCAGUUUCUGUAAUGGUACUGCAAGUCAUCUUAAUAGCAUUGGUUGUGUAAGCAAUGGCAAUGUCGAUCAACUUGCAGUUGUCCAAACUGGUGUAGAGAGUGUGAAUGAAGAAGGGCUCCCUAUUAACGAUAGAAACUGUCAUCGAACUGUUCUGAGAGAAGCAGCUCUGACCAAAUUCCGUUUAAAGCGGAAAGACAGAUGCUAUGAGAAGAAGGUACGUUAUGAAAGCAGGAAAAAACUUGCAGAGCAGCGUGCUCGAGUGAAAGGGCAGUUCAUUCGUCGAGGGCAUGCCGAGCCAGCACCUGUAGAAACUGAUAGUCGCUGUGGUAUUUCAUUAGAUGGUUAGCCAAGCUAUUCACAACUUCUUUCAAAAGGAGGAGCAUACAAACGCUACUGUAAUUGAAGAUUUUAGAUUGGUUUGUCGAGAUCAUCGCAAAGAGGGGAUAAAUGAUAUCUAUAGAUAUAUGCUAACAUCACUAGCUUGUUUGUUUCAUGUAUGUCUGUAUAAUCAUGUGUAUUUGUUGUAGAGUAGUAUUGUAAUGUCUUGAUAGAGCAUUCUCUACAUUUAUGAAGGAGCUCCGCGAGAUAUGCUUUUGUUCUUCUGUUCAUGUAUUAUGGAUUCUUUCUGUGAUACAUGUGUCAAUAAGCAUGCAAACUUGGUGUAAAUCAUUGAUUCUUUCAUCACUCACUGGAAAUGAGAUAUAACCGUCUCAUGAUUAUCGUUCUUGUUCAA